CAGGCGCCGGACCCCCAGGCGGAGCGACAGGUCUCGGGCCCUCAGGCGGAGCGGCGGGCGCCGGACCCCCAGGAGGAGCGACAGGUCUCGGGCCCCCUCAGGCGGAGCGGCGGGCGCCGGACCCCCAGAUGGAGCGACAGGUCUCGGGCCCUCAGGCGGAGCGGCGGGCGCCGGACCCCCAGGCGGAGCGGCGGGCACCGAGACACCAGGCACGACAGUGGGCUCCGAGUCAACUGGUAUGACCGCAGGCACUGGGUCAGACAUUGGAUGGUCUGGCUGGACAGCGGGCAUCGGGUCACCAGGCAUCAGGUCACAUUUGGCUCGACAGCGGGCACCGCGCCAUCUGGCAAGGCAGUGGGCUCCGAGUCAACUGGUAUGACCGCGGGCACUGGGUCAGACAUUGGAUCGUCUGACCGGACAGCGGGCAUCGGGUCACCAGGCAUCAGGUCAUUUGGCUCGACCGCGGGCACCGCGUCAUCUGGCAAGGCCGUGGGCUCCGAGUCA